AUGGGCCAAUGCCAUGAUGCCGUGAUGUUGACCAAUUGGUAUGCCAAUCUCUCCUAUUAUUGGGUGCUUCUGCAGUAUGGGAAUCGCUCGUUGCGGAUGCUGCUGCUUCUGGCGGAGAUGGUGAACGUCCUGACCGCGGUCUCGAUCUUUCAGAGUAUCUUUUCCAUGAACGUCCGCAUCCCGUUCGACUCCACCGCCGAGACGCCGUCCGACGCCAAGGCGCCCUUCUACAUCCUCGCCUUCGCACUGCUCGUUUUUAUGCUGUGGUGUGCGCGGAUCGUGUGGGAUAUCAUCUUCCGUAAACGAUUUGAGACCGUGGCGCUUUUUUGA